AUGUCCACUUUCAAAGUCAAAGUCCCGGACGGUGCCAUGCAACACCUUCUCAACAACCCUUCAAAUACUUGGAUGCCUUCGAAGAGCAGAUUCCUACAGUUUCCUGGGCGCGACGAGAUUCUGGAGGAGCUACUCCUGCGGUUGCUGAUCCGGGGCAGUAAGCUGGCAGGGGAGCCUCUGAUCCCCCUAAGUUGCGUGCUUUGCCGCUAUGACGACGGGAAGGGGAGCUGCUCAGUGCACAGCCACCCCUUCCAGCAGCUAACCUUGGCCUUGGGUGCGGAGCGGCCCAUGCUGGUGGGGGACACGGCCCUGGUUCUGCCCCAGGGGCGUGCGAUCAGGAUUGAGAAGGGCGUGCCCCACGGCGUCCUGGAGCAGCACUCCCCAUGCGAGGUCCGACUAAGCCUGAACCUAUUUGUUGCCAGUAAGGCCGAGGCCAGCUCGCCGCCCCUCUGCCUGCUGCCUGGUCCCCUGGAGCCUUCCACACAGCUCUGCGCCUUCCGAUGGGCGCGGCCCACCACCCUGGAUGCUUCCUUCCGACCACAGGAUGGCAUGCUGAAGGACCUUUGGGCCCUGUGCGAGGCGUCGGAAGAAGGGCUGCAGCCUACGAAGCGCCGGCGGCAAGCAACCUCAGUGCCUUCCGAGCUCCCGACCGAUUGGGGUGUGGACAGCCGUGUGGCUAUGGACUUUGCGGGUCUCAGCGCAGGCGCGCGGCAGGUGUGCUUCGAGCGGUUGCAGAAGGUCUUCGAAGACCGCAGCAAGGUGCGUGACAUCAACAGCUACUGCUCCACCGUCAUCAAGGGUGUCAGCGACAGCUUCGGUGCAACACUGACGCCGCGCCUGAAGGAGGCCUUCGAGGCCAAGCUCGAGGGCUCUGGAUGGAAGCUCAGCGACCUGGAUUCCAGCGCCAUCGGGGCCCUGGCCGGUCUCCCGGAGAAUGCAGCCUCAGAGCUCGUCCGGGGUCUUCGACCUGCUUCCGUAUCAAACUUGUCCGCCUUCGUGUCUGGCGCGGCGAAGCGGCUGGGCGCCCAGUGCCCUUUGGCCCAAGCACUCGUCGAGGGAUGGCCGGCGGUGGCAAAGGUGCUGGGCAAGGGCGAGGACGCGGUCGGCGGCCAGUCGCUCGUCAAGGCCAUCGCCCUCGCUUGCGAGCAGCAGACGCCCGAGGCCUUCGAGCUGGCCUGCGCCGCGCUGUGCCGCUUCCCAGGCGGCUCUACUCCGCCCCUCUCCACCUACAACAAGAUCUUCAAGGUUGCUGGGCGCGUCGGACGAUGGCCCAAGGCCCUGGAACUCUUCGGCCAGCUGCCCGAACACCUCCAGCCAAACCGCUACACCUACACGGCCCUUUUCGAUGCGGUGGUCAAAGGUGGAGGUCCUCAGACAGUCUUGUGGGCAUUGUGGAACCACCUGCAACGCAGCAAAGUGAAGCCUGACCUCCAGCUCAUGAGCACGAUGCUUCAAGGUUGCUCCGACUCCUCCGUGGUGGAGGAGCUGCUGGGAGAGCUCGACUGGCAAGGUCUGGCACCCAAUCUGGAGGUUCUCACCAGCAUGCUCGGCUGCCUCAGACGCGCGGGCGCCGCGACAAACAAGACCUGGGAGGUGCUCUCGCUGGCCAAGAGCUGCGGCCUCACCUUGGACUGUCAGUUCCUUGUCCAGGUGGUGACGGCCCUGGGCUUUGCAAACGACACAGGUGCUGUCGUUCUACUGAUGGAGAGCGUCCGCGAGGUCUACAAGGUGGACCCCGAUGUUUUCCUCUACACAGCGGCGAUUUCACAGUGUGCCCGAGCUGGCGACGUUGCCGGUGCCGAGAUCAUCGUGCGCCAGAUGCGCCACGACAAGGUGGAGCCCAAUGAGCACACGCACUGCGCCAUCAUCGCGGCAUACAGCAAGGCUGGCAGGUUGACGGAGGCUGUGUGUCACUUUCAAGAGGCGAAUGAAGAGAUGGCCUUGCCUAUUGAGGGCUACUGCAGCAUCCUCUCCGGUUGCCGGGCAGCUCUGGACAACCGCUGCGCCUUAAAGAUCUUGAAGAAAGCCCGGCUGCAAGGGCCCGUCAAGUCUGCCUGCUACACGCUGGCUCGCCAGGCCUGUGCUUUGGCGGGGGACGAGGCCGGUGCCGCCAAAGUGGACCAGUGGCAGAAGCGAGACGGUGUGGCUACCCAUGUCCCCACUAGCACCGUGGAUGACCCCUCCACCGGGGAGCGGCUGCCCUUUCAGCCCGGCAACGACGAUGCCAACGUUGCCACCUGCGUGCAGCGCAUGAUGCGCCGCCUGAAGGAUGCGGGGUAUGAGCCGCAACUUUGGCAGUACGACCCUGAGAUCUCCCAGGAGGAACGAGAGGAUCGCCUUCAAUACCACACUGAGAAGAAGGCGCUCGCCUGGGCGCUUCGGCACUUCCCGAAGGGCUCCGGCAUCACAGUGCGGAAGACGAUCCGGUGCUGCGUGGACUGCCAUAGCGCCUUCAAGGUGGCCUCCAAGGCUUACGGCCGCACGCUUCGAAUCUUGGACCAGGUUCGCCAGCAUGAGUUCAGCGCGGGCAAAUGCUCUUGUGGCGACUGGUGGUGA